CCUGCUAGCGCGUUAUUUAGAACAGCAGUCUGCUUAGUGCUACAAGUACAGAUAGAAUAGGUGGAAUACUGUAAUACAGCUGUUUGGAAAUAUGACACCAGUUGCGAAGGGAUCGACUGUGCGUUUGGAGAUCAGGAAAAAGAUGCAGAACGGGAUACUAAUUUUGGGUGGUUUUGAAGGCAAAGGAUUUCCAGUAGAUGUUACUGUGAGUCCAUCAUCCAUACAAAUACAAUGUCUGGAGGGUUGUGAGAGGAUCUGCCUACCCGAUGAGAUAAAACUGGUCCCUUCUUCAUGCCGAUACCUGCAGCACAUAGCUGGAGAAGGUUUACAUGUGCGCCUGCAAGUACAGGUUAACUGCAAUACAGAAAUGAUUUCAACUCUAAAAGAAAUUUUAAAGGUAAAGAAGAACUACAAUUUUUACUGCCAGUCAUGUGGAGAGCUCAUAAUCCAAGAACAAUUGGCCUCGUUGACACAUAUCGACCAGUUUUGUUCCAUUUGCCAUAUAAGAGCACCUGGUUGCUCUGGGAAUCAGGGGACUGCUGAGCCAUCCAUCUCUGGGGGCCCCAUCCUCCAAGAGAAAUCAAAAGAAAAUGCCAAAGUAAUUUGCAGACGAUGCAAGGCAAUACUGGGAGAGUCUGUGUCAUCAGACUCCGUCAAGUAUUAUUUCACAGAAGUACUGAUUCAGCCGUCUUGUCAAGAUUUUAGCGUCAUUCCAAGAGCCCAGUUUGUGGAGAGUGUUAUAGUCCAACUUCUGAUGGAAUUCUCUGCCUCCAGAAGCACCUUCAGAUUCUGCAUUCAAGGGCAAGAUGGGAAACACUUCCUUCUGCUCUGGCUUCUGAAUGUUGACACAUUGAUGGUGGAAUCAAUAACACAAUCUGGCUAUGAAAAAAAUGAAUUUUAUUCUGAUAUCUCCAGUCUGUCCUUAACUUCAGUAGAAGCCAAAAAUGUUGCAAGAGUUUUGUACUCCUCCUGCACUAACAGUAAAAACAAAGAGCUAUUGGAUAAAUGGAUGAAUGACACAGGAGCCCAAGCUCUAGUAUUCCCAAACAGCACUUGCUUGGAACUGGCCCUGCUGCUGACUCUCAACAAUGCAUCCCUUACACCCUCUCUGCGUUUCAUGAAUAAUUGGAAGGUAGCAUACUUGAAGAUAUGAAGAACAGUCACUAAUAGCUUUAUAGAUUGUAAAGUAAUAAAUAAAUAUAGGGAAUUCAACUGAUUAAGGAUUGAUCUUUGUUAUGAUAUGAAAGGAAAUUCGGAUUCUUUUAACAAAUAAAUUAGCUGUCAAAAUUACAAACAGAGCGCUGAACCAAAAUUAUUCAAAUAUCCUAUUAUUAUAUUUAGCUUUGACACCUUUUACUUUUGUUACUUUUCUUAAUUUUCUGGACAAGCAGCUAUGAAUUGAAUGCUAACCAUAUGAAACUGUAUGUAAAUGUAUUUUGUUAAUAACCUGUUUGAAUUCAUAUGCUUAAAUGGAGAAUAUUAUAGAUAGGAGGUAACGUAUCAAUAAAGUUAGUUUUUUUUAUAAUUGUUUAAAAUUCCUUAUCGUGGGUGUAAAUAAAUCUGUGCUAUGCUUUCAACCCUCAAA